AUGCUUUGCGAGUAGGAGUGCUGUCGUUGUGGAGAAGGGAGAGAGAAGAUGGCGGUGGCAGUGCGAACUUUGCAAGAACAGCUCGAAAAAGCAAAAGAAAGCUUAAAAAAUGUAGACGAGAACAUUCGCAAAUUAACGGGUCGUGACCCCAACGAGCUCAGGCCUGGCCAAACGAGAAGACUGACCAUCCCAGGCCCCGGUGGAGGUAGGGGGCGUGGCAUCAAUUUACUAAGGCGUGGACUCUCGGACGGAGGAGUAGGACCCCCAGCUAAGCAGAGAGAUAUUGAAGGGGCUUUAUUAAGGCUGGCAGGUGAUCGACGAGCAAGAAGAGAGUCACGCCAUGAAAGCGACGCUGAAGAUGAAGAGGAUGUUAAAAAGCCAGCGUUGCAGUCGUCAGUUGUUGCUACCUCCAAAGAGCGAACACGUCGAGACCUUAUCCAGGACCAAACCAUGGAUGAAAAGGGCAAGCAAAGGAAUCGACGCAUGUUUGGCCUGUUGAUGGGUACGCUACAGAAGUUUAAACAAGAGUCCACUGUUGCUACAGAAAGGCAAAAAAGAAGGCAGGAGAUUGAGCAAAAGCUUGAGGUCCAGGCAGAAGAAGAACGUAAAAAAGUUGAAAAUGAAAAAAGAGAGCUAUUUGAAGAACGCCGUGCCAAACAAACCGAGCUGAGGCUUUUGGAACAAAAAGUUGAACUUGCUCAGUUGCAAGAAGAGUGGAACAUGCACAACAUGAAAAUUAUAAAAUAUAUAAGAACAAAGACAAAACCGCCUGUAUUCUAUAUUCCUGGCCGAAUGUGUUCAGCCACUCAUAAGCUGCUUGAGGAUUCACAGAAAAAGAUGAAUGGUAUCUUACAAUCAAGGCGUGAAGAGUUUGCUGAGCAGCUUAAUAAAAUGGAAGCUCGGCCUAGGCGUCACUCCCUGAAGGAGAAAGAGCAGGAGGAGUUGAAAAAUGAAGAUCGGCAGAAUGAAGAACAGGAGGAGGGUAAGCGGGCUCAGCAAGAAGCCGAGAUGGAAGAGACAGGUAAUCAGCACAAUGAUAUUGAGAUGGAGGAACCAGGAGAUGAGAGAGAGGUUAGUUUAGUUCAUAGUGAUGUAGAACCAGAACAGAAAAGCAGCAUUGUAAAACAAACAGAAGAGCAGCAACACGAACAGCCUAUGGAAGUUAGAGAUGAGGAAGAGGAUGAGGAAGAGGAGGAGGAGGGUAUUUGUGGUGCUGUGAAAGAACAGCAGGAGAGGCAGCCAGAUAGUUGUUUAGAUGCUCAAGAGUAUGUAUUGCCUGCACAGGUAGAAAAUGAUCAGGAAAUGGUAGAGAGGAAAGAUGACACCCCAGGAGUAGCAGAAACAGAGGUAGUACAGGAGAAGAAAAAGGAAGAAGUGAAUUUUGUAUCUGAGACAGAUCAGGAGAGUGAGUUUAAAAUAGAAAAUGAAAAGGAAAAUGGUCUUGAAGCUGAAACUAUGAUAGAAUAUGAGCCAAUGCUUGAUUCUGAAGCUGCCCUAGAAAUGAUUGUACCUGAAAGUCAUUCUCCUAGAGAAGAGAUAGAGUUUAGCUUAACCGUGCAAGAUGAUCGGCGUCCACAGCCACAUUUGCCACAGCAAAUGGAAGAGCCUGUUAAGACUCUCACAUCAAGCAGCAAGUCUAGUAACCGAGCUAGAGGGCAUUUAAAGGAGAAAAGAAAAAGUAGGAGCAGCAGCAGCUCCUCCUCUAGUAGUACCUCCACUUCUAGUAGUAGUGGUAGCAGCUCUAGUAGUAGCAGUAGUGAAAGCAGUAGCCAGAGCAGUUCUAGCAGUAGUAGCAGCAGUAGUCGCAGUAGUUCUAGUAGUAGCUCAAGCAGUGAGAGUCGUAGUCGUGAGCGGGGUCACAAUAAGAAGCGUAGAAGGCGCAGUGCAGAAAGGGACAGAGAGCGAGAAAGGAAGAAAGGAAACCCAGGAGUUGACAGGAAUCACAAGUCAUCCAAGGGAAGCAGUCGGGACAUAAAAGGGUCCAAGGACAAGAACUCCAGAGCAGACAGGAAGAGGUCAGUUUCAGAAGGCAGUCGUUCGGGGAAAAGACCUUCACGCAACGAAAGAGAACGCAAAUCAGACAGAAAGGACAAAAGGCGAUAAAAGGGCUGACAGAAGAGAGAGCAGGCCCCUACCCCUUGCUUUUAAAGUGCAAACAGUUUUUGCAGCCGAAGAGGAUUGUAGACAUGGAGGAGAAAUGUUCCUUUAUAAGGAAUUGGUCGCCUUAAGUAUCACAUGUUGACUUUUAUUCACUUUCCUGCUGUUGGACAGCAAAAAUGGGACUAGGAAAAUUCAGGUCUAGUACUUUUUACAUAACUUUCUUAUUGUUUUCCCAACACAAUGUCAUUUUAACAUAUGGAAAAAAUGCUAAUUGAGGGACACAGAUGCCCAUCCCCUUGAAGAUAACUGUUCAAAAUUACUUCUCAUGUACAUUUUUAAUAAAGUUGGUAAAUGUGAUUGAUGUUUCUCAUGUCCCUUAGGCUUCUGAGCAAACUAUUUUUGUGUAGAAAUGUACAUUAAACUGGAUUAUUUUAAUGUCCUCCUGAGUUUUAUGUUUUAUCCUCACUUCUCUGUCUUGCAAGUAGCAGCUUGGUGUUUUCUUAAUAUCCGGCUCUGAAUUACAUCUGCCAUGCCCAUUAUUAUGCUUUCAGUUGUCAUUUUUCCAUUUCUCUGCCAAAAGUUUGUAAUUCAAUUACCUGUUUAAAACUUUUGAUUUUCAUAUUUGGAGGGAGGAGUAAGACUAAUGGACAGAAGAGUUAACCAAGGUUUAUGUCAAAAUACUGUUUGAAAUACAUUUUUGAACUGUCAUCCCCUUGUAUAAUUUUUAUUUUUAAUAAAACUUUUCAAUUGAA